AUGCUGGUCGGGAUCGACAGUCAUGCUUCGGCUCAGAAGCUGUGCCUCGACUCGUCGCAACCGCAGACGCCCAAGGACCAGCUGCAGAUCUGCCGGCAGUACAACAACGAGAGCUGCUGCACGAAUGCGCGGAACGUGAAGAUCGCGGAGAAUCUGCUCAAGUACAGCACCGCCAUGGGCAACAACCCCGGCGCCAAGAACUGCCUCCGCGCGCUGGAACGCGUGCUGUGCGCCGAGUGCGACCCCUACGCCUCGCAGGUGUACCGUCGCGACCACACAGGGCGCUAUGCCGACGUGCCGUACCUCUGCACGGCCCAGUCGAACCGCGACCCUGUUGAGACGCAGCCCUUCUGCUCCACUGUCUGGGACGUCUGCGGCAUGGUUGGCAUGCCUUACAACCCUUUCGUCGCCACCAAUGACCCUCGCUUCAUCUCGCUUUACGACGUUUACUUAACUAAGGGCGAGUUUUGCCGCCGGUUCAUGCCCCCGAAUAAGAACCCCGGUGACGGGCCGAAGAUUUGCUACCGGGGUAAACCGGUGGAUUACCCGGAUGAGUUGGGGGAGGAUCUGUUGCCGCCCGUGAAUAACAUGUGUGUGGAGCAGAUUGGGUUGAGUACAAAGAAUGAUAAGAGCGAGGAGAAUAGUUACUAUGUGGCCAUGACCCCGCAUCCGGACCAAUCGCGGCGUGCGUUUUUCCUGGAGCGGGCGGGCAGGUUGUUUCUUUACAAUCUGCCCGAGCCGGGGUCCUCGGACCAGCUUCCUUCGGAUGGGGGCUCACCGUUUCUCGACAUCAGUGGCUUGGUGGCACAGGGGGGGGAGCAGGGGGCGGUAGGAAUCGCCUUUCACCCCGACUACACCAGCAACGGCCGCCUCUUCGUCUCUUUCACCUGCGACUCUUCAGUAAACCCCGACUGCAAGGCUGCUGUCUGCGGCUGCUAUAAAGCUGUCAACUGCUCAGAGGAAAACGUUCAGGCGGCCAAUCCGGACGGGCGCUGGGGCACGGGGGGCAUGUGCCGCAACGUGACUGUGGUGGCGGAGUUUUCUGCGUGCAGUGACACCAUCUGCACGCCUGCUAAGAUCUCCCAGCAAGCGAGCAUCUCCGCCACGGUAGUGCGCUACAUAGUGCGGCUGGGGCAGCCCUUCAUCAACAACAACGGCGGGCAGAUCCGCUUCGGUGCCGAUGGCAUGCUCUACGUCAUGGUGGGGGAUGGUGGGGGCGAGCUGGACCCCCUGGGGCUGGCGCAGAACCCCAAGGCGUUCCAUGGGAAGGUGCUGAGGCUGGACGUGCUCAAUGGCAUCAGCCAACCAGGUGAAGAUGAUAUCAGGAGCAGGGAGCUGCUGGGGGCAUACGGCAUUCCCCCGGACAACCCGCACGCGCUCGACUGGGACUGGCGCGGAGAGGUGUUUGCACUGGGCUUCCACGACCCCUGGAAGUGCACCUUUGAUCUGCUCAGGCCCUCGGUUAUGAUGUGUGGAGACGUGGGAUGGACCAAGUGGGAGGAGGUCGAUGUGGUAACCAGCGGCGGUAACUACGGGUGGAAGUGGUUCGAGGGUCGGGAAUACGCCAAUGCUAGCGAGCAGCGGCCCGUGCCGAACCAGAAGCUGCCGUCGUUUCAAUACGUGUGGAGCAACACCAGCAGCGUGGUUGGAGGGUUCUACGCGAGAGGAUACGAGGACGCGUGCUUAUAUGGAAGGUACCUUUUCAGUGACAGGAACAACCAGUUUUACGUGGCUACAGAGAAUCCCCCUUAUAGCGGCUACUUCCCCCUCGGUUCGCAACCCCUCAACGUUUCCUGCGCACCCACUUCACCCAUCCAAUGCCCGAUGCAAGGCUCGUACCGGCCUAAUUUCGGCGCGGUAUUCGCCUGGGGGCAGGACGUCAAUGGAACGCUUUACAUCCUGACCCAUCUGGGUGUUUUCCGGCUUACCCCGCCCACCGACUGCAACUUCACUUGCAGACAAAAGUUCCCGCCCGGCCCCGAUCCCCGUGUGGAUCCUGCGUCAGACCUGACUGUUCUGACCACAGGAUACCGCGAGGGCAAGAAGAAAGACGAGGCGUUUCUGGAAUUCCAAAUGGCAGACAUGCAGCAGCCGCUGCAAGGGGAGGGUGACGAAGAUGCUUUUUACGACGAAGAAGGAAAUUAUAUUGGGCCGGACGGGGACGAGGAUGAGGUGUAUGAUCCGAACGCGGUGCAUGAUGACGAUGGUACUGGGACGUACUAUAAUGAGGAUGGGGAUGAGAUGGGGCACCAUGGGGAUGGGGAUACGGUGGUGGAUGAUGGAGCGACGGAGUAUGGUCCGAGGAGUGUGCAUAGUGGGUAUGGUGGAGAGGGGGGGUAUGCUGAGAGUGAGGUAGGGUCUGAGUAUCCAGGGCAGGGGCAUGGGGGGUAUCAGGGAGGUGGGGUGAGGGGGGAUGGGAUGUCUGAUGUUCAAUCGGAGUAUACGGCGCAAGAUGAUUGGACGGAUGGAGGCUCUUACUACGAUCGCCGCUGA